AUGGGACGCAACGGCGGGUGGGGUAACUCAAGUGCGGACGGCGGCGGCGGCUUGCGUUCCAGUCUGUUUGGCUCAGACAGUAACAUAGAUUUUCAGGAAAUCUUCGGCGAGAUGGAUAAGGCGGCGACAACGUCAACUCCUGCAGAUGACACCGCUGGCAGCCUGGCGCUACCAAAGGUAUCACUUCCCUCAGAGACGCAAGCCCAGGUCUCGAGCUACAACCCGCAAUUUCCAGUGCAGGUCACUGCAAAUCCCCUACAUCAGACUCAGUCAUCAGCUGGAUUUGGUGGUCCUCAUCAUCUUCAGGGACUUCAGGGUUAUUUGACCGAUCUCACUUUCUCUCCUCCCGCUCCCACACUCCCUCUCCCUCCGGCCGGCAAUCAUACCCAUGCCCAGCAGCAGCAAUUAACCCAGCCCUUGUACCCCGCCAACACCGCAAGGAGCAACUUGGGAUAUGCCCUCCCGGUCCACACGCCAGCCCUCCCCUCGUACCCAGCUAGUAGUCUGGUACCACGCUGGACCGACGGGGAACUUCAUUACAUACCGUGCAUCAGCCACAAGAGGGAGAGGAAGCGCUCGAUAACCAACGAUCCGGCAAAAUUCUACGAAGCCCUGCCGAGGGUCCCCCCGAGCUGGGGCCUGAAUCCGAGGACGAAGAAGAACAACCUGUUCCGAUAUACCGAAAAGGGCGAGCUGGAGCUCGGCAAGAAGUACGACACCAAGCAGCUUCUGCAGUUCAUCAGGACGCCCGAGAGGGCAGACGGGCGCCUGAUUCUGUGGGUGCAGACCCCUCCGGCGCAGUUCACCCACCGGUACCCGGCAGCCAAGCUCUCGAGCCACUGCCGGUGGGAGGGGUGCCCCAUGAAGACUAAUACGAUCCUCAAGGGCCACUGGCGGGUGGCCUUCGACGAAAACGCGGACGAGACGGGCGAGAGGUUCGACCCCUUCCACAACGCCGGCUACGUGCACCUGUACUGCCUGGAGCAGAUUACGGAUCUCAUCGAACUGUUCAUGGACCCCACGGUCGACAUCCGGCCCGACCUGCGCCGCAUGGCCAAGGAGGAGCGGAACCCCAUGUCACUGAUCCGGCACCACCAGGAGCUGGUGGCGGUCCUCGAUCAGUGGAUCCUCGACCAGACAAAGAGGCACAGGGAGUGGGACGGAGAAGGUACCCGCAAGCUGAAGGGGGACGAUUUCCUCUGCAGGCGCCUGACCAGGGCGUACCUCGAGCUCGAGACCUCGGGCCGUUCCAAGUUCAGGGAACUGCGCGGGGGCAUCCACAUGGGGAAGUACAUGGGCGAUCUCAGCCAGUACGCGAUGCUUCGGGAGCGACGGGUCGAGUCGAGGAGGGACAUCAAGGAGGAGGAUUCCGACGGCGACCAGCAACCAUCGGAGCCCCCGGCAAAGGCCAAAUCUCGCGGGAGGCCAAAGACUCGGGUUCUCCAGAACUACGGCAAGGACCCGGAAGAGGAGGAAGCAGACCCGGAUGAGAGUUCGGUGAGAGUGCGCAGGACGUCGUCAGUGAUCGAGACGACGGCAGCAGACUGGAACUACCCGCCGAAGACGCCCCGCCGGCAAGGACAGGAUACCCGGAAGCGCGGCAGGGAAGAGGAGGAAGGGGACGAGGGUCUUGUACUCCUGCCGAACUCCCCCAAGCGGCGCAGACUAUCGGUGGCGGCUAAGGGACGGGAGGGGCCCCAGGUCGAGACCGCGGGCGGUCUCGGUGACCUUCAUAGGCUUGUCUCCCGGGCGGGGCCGGUUACGCGGAAGCAGAGCCAGGCUCUGAAUAUCUACCUCGGCAAAUUGGCUUCUGGUGAGAGCAGAGAUACUGGUCGGAUGGUCCAGAUGAUCCAGGAGCUCCCGUUCUGGAAGAGGCGUGAGGUGCAGAAGAUUGUUAUGAAGCAGGAGGAUAUUGGGAGAAGGGUUGGGUCGAUUUAG